AACUUCAGUGUCUGCCAAGCCCGAGAAGGAGAAAUGUGAAACUGCCAUCCAGAAGGUUGUGAGUCCCGAAGCAUACAUCAAGCAUCCUUUACAAAACAAGUGGGCUCUGUGGUUUUUCAAGAACGACAAAAGCAAAACAUGGCAAGCGAACCUCCGUCUCAUCGCCAAGUUUGACACUGUAGAAGACUUCUGGGCGUUAUAUAAUCACAUACAGCUCUCCAGUAACUUGAUGUCUGGCUGUGAUUACUCUGUAUUUAAGGAUGGCAUCGAGCCCAUGUGGGAGGACAAAAGGAACAGACGAGGCGGCCGCUGGCUCAUCACUUUAGCCAAGCAGCAGCGUAAAGCGGACCUGGAUCGGUUCUGGUUGGAGACGCUCCUGUGCCUCGUGGGUGAAGCGUUUGAUGACUACAGUGACGAAGUGUGUGGAGCCGUCAUUAAUGUCCGAGCCAAAGGAGAUAAAAUAGCCAUAUGGACCACAGACUACGACAGCAAAGAGGCCAUCACACACAUCGGCCGAGUGUACAAAGAGAGAUUAGGCGUGCCAUCCAAAGUGGUGAUCGGGUACCAGUCGCACGCUGACACGGCCACAAAGAGCACCUCCAACGCCAAGAACAAGUUCCUCGCCUGAGCCACAGAAGACUCGAUCUUUUUUUUUUUUUUUUUUUUUUUUGAAUGUCAAAGUUUACCCACCGAGGAAAACAUCUGGAAUGGAAAUAAGAGUUU